GCAAACAGCAAAACAAUACAAACACAGUCUGGAAACUUUGCUGUAUCAAACAAGAAUCUCUUAAAAUUUUGCCACAAGACAAAAACAGUAAUUAUCUGAAGGGAUUAAUCAGCAUCGAGGAGCAGAGGAAUGAAAAGUCUAAUAUAUCUUCUUUACUUUAUGGUGGGUUUACCUGAAUUUCUUUCACAAGAUACUGAAGCCUGUUAUAAACAGAUUUUUGAUGGUCUGGACUUUCCGGGGAAUGACUUCCAUCAGUCUGUAGUCGAGGAUGAACACAGUUGCCAGCGUAAAUGUACCGAGGAGCCUCACUGUCAGUUUUUCACCUUUGUGAAAAAGGAAUUUCACAAUGAAGUACAGCGUUACAUUUGUUACCUCAAAAACAAUGAAAGAGGAACGCCAUCAAGAAUAACAUUCCUUUUGGGAGUUAUGUCAGGAUUUUCUUUAAGAAAAUGUGGGUUCAAUUACACAGGAUGUGGACACGAGCUGGCUGUAAACAUCGAUUAUCCUGGAAAUGAUAUUGAGUCAGUUCUUGCCCCGGAUGUCCACUACUGCCAAAAAUUGUGCACUGAGCGCACGAAUUGCCAGUUUUUUACCUAUUUGACAAGGGAUUGGAACACUGACCUACGAAGAUUUUCUUGUUAUCUUAAAAGUAACCUGGAAGGGGAACCAACCGUUAAAACAGAGUUACAGAAUGUUAUCUCGGGAUAUUCCCUGAAACAGUGCAAGGCGUAUAACUCUUGUUUUAAAGACCUGUUUGUUGGCCUGGACUUCCUAGGAGAUGACUUCCAUCAGUUUGUAGUAGACGAUGAACACAGCUGCCAAAGAGAAUGUACAGAGAAGCCUGACUGUCAGUACUUCACCUUUGCAAAUGGGUUAUUUCGCAACGCUCGGCAGCGUUACAUUUGCUACCUCAAAAAGAGUGAAGGAGGAACACCAUCGAGGAUAACAAUUCUUGAGAACGUUGUAUCUGGAUUUCCUUUAAGAGAAUGCCAGUUCAAUAAGUCAGUUUCAGAAUGUAGAAGAGAUCUUUCUGAAGAUGUAGAUUUUCCUGGAAAUGAUAUCACCUGGGUCCUUGCACCUGAUGUAAAUGUCUGUCAACAACUGUGCACUAAUCAUCCCCAAUGCUUAUUCUUCACAUUUGUGAAGAGAGAAUGGAGCACAGACCACAGAAGAUUUUACUGUUAUCUAAAGCAAACUGCAACUGGAAAAGUAUCAAGAAAAACAAAUUUACAAAAUGUUGUAAGUGGGUUUUCCCUCAAAUUGUGCAAGAAUCUUGUCAGAUUUUGUAAUGAAAAAAUAUUUGAUGGUCUGGACUUUCCGGGGAAUGACUUCCAUCAGUCUGUAGUCGAGGAUGAACACAGUUGCCAGCGUAAAUGUACCGAGGAGCCUCACUGUCAGUUUUUCACCUUUGUGAAAAAGGAGUUUCACAAUGAAGAACAGCGCUACCUUUGUUAUCUCAAAAACAAUGGAAAGGGAACUCCAUCAAGAAUGACAGUUCUUUCAGGUGUUAUGUCAGGAUUUCCUUUAAGGAAUUGUGAGUUCAAUAACACAGGCUGUGUCUAUGAACUGGCUGCGAACAUUGAUUUUCCUGGAAACGAUAUUGAGUCAGUUCUUACCCCUGAUGUCCACUACUGUCAAAAAUUGUGUACCGAGUAUAAAAAUUGUCAGUUUUUCACCUAUUUGACAAGGGAUUGGAACGCUGACCAACGAAGAUUUUAUUGUUAUCUUAAAGAGAACAUGAAAGGGGAACCGACUAUUAAAACAGAGUUGCAAAAUGUUGUCUCAGGCUAUUCCCUGAAAAAGUGCAAGAGCUAUAACUCUUGUUUUAAAGACCUGUUUGUUGGCCUGGACUUCCCAGGAGAUGACUUCCGUCAGUUUGUAGUAGACGAUGAACACAGCUGCCAAAGAGAAUGUACAGAGAAGCCUGACUGUCAGUACUUCACCUUUGCAAAUGGGUUCUAUCGCAACGCUCGGCAGCGUUACAUUUGCUACCUCAAGAAGAGUGAACAAGGAACACCAUCAAAGAUAACAACUCUUGAGAAUGUUGUAUCUGGAUUUCCUUUAAGGGAAUGUGAGUUUGAUAAGUCAGUUUCAGAAUGUAGAACAGAUCUUUCCGAAGACAUAGAUUUUCCUGGAAAUGAUAUCACCUGGGUCCUUGCACCUGAUGUAAAUGUCUGUCAACAACUGUGCACUGAUCAUCCCCAAUGCUUAUUCUUCACAUUUGUGAAGAGAGAAUGGAGCAUAGACCACAGAAGAUUUUAUUGUUACUUAAAGCAAACUUCAACUGGAAGAGUCUCAAGGAAAACAAGGUUACAAAACGUUGUAAGUGGGUUCUCCCUCAAAUCGUGCAAGAAUGUGACCAGUUCUUGUUUUAAAGACCUGUUUGUUGGCCUGGACUUCCCAGGAGAUGACUUCCGUCAGUUUGUAGUAGCCGAUGAACACAGCUGCCAAAGAGAAUGUACAGAGGAGCCUGACUGUCAGUACUUCACCUUUGCAAAUGGGUUCUAUCGCAACGCUCGGCAGCGUUACAUUUGUUACCUCAAGAAGAGCAAACAAGGAACUCCAUCAAAGAUAACAACUCUUAAGGACGUUGUAUCUGGAUUUCCUUUAAGGGAAUGUGAGUUCAAUAAGUCAGUUUCAGAAUGCAGAAUUGACCUUUCUGAAAACAUAGAUUUUCCUGGAAAUGAUAUCACUUGGGUUCUUGCACCUGAUGCAAAUGUCUGUCAACAAAUCUGCACUGAUGAUACACAAUGUUUAUUCUUCACAUUUCUGAAGAAGGAAUGGACAACAGACCAUAGAAGAUUUUACUGUUACCUAAAACAAACUGCAACUGGAACAGUCUCAAGGACAACAAAGUUAUUAAACGUUGUCAGUGGGUUUUCCCUUAAACAGUGCAAGAAUCGGAACAGUACUUGUUAUAAGAAGAUCUUUGAUGGCCUCGACUUUCCGGGGAAUGACUUCCAUCAGUCUGUAGAUGAGGAUGAACACAGUUGCCAGCGUAAAUGUACCGAGGAGCCUCACUGUCAGUUUUUCACCUUUGUGAAAAAGGAAUUUCACGAUGAAGUACAGCGCUACAUUUGUUACCUCAAAAACAAUGAAAAAGGAACUCCAUCAAGAAUAACAGAUCUCUCAGGUGUUAUGUCAGGAUUCUCUUUAAGGAGAUGUGAGUUCAGUAACACAGGAUGUGUACCCGAGUUGGCUGUAGACACUGAUUUUCCUGGAAAUGAUAUUGAGUCAGUUCUUGCCCCAGAUGUCAAGUAUUGUCGAAAAUUGUGUACCGACCAUAAAAAUUGUCAGUUUUUCACCUAUUUGACAAGUGAUUGGACCACUGACAAACAAAGAUUUUAUUGUUAUCUUAAAAACAACACAAAAGGGGAACCAUCAAUUGUAACAAAGUUGCAGAAUGCUGUCUCAGGCUAUUCCCUGAAAAAAUGCAAGACAUAUGACUCUUGUUUUAAAGAUCUGUCUGUUGGCCUGGACUUCCCAGGAGAUGACUUCCGUCAGUUUGUAGUAGACGAUGAACACAGCUGCCAAAGAGAAUGUACAGAGGAGCCUGACUGUCAGUACUUCACCUUUGCAAAUGGGUUCUAUCGCAACGCUCGGCAGCGUUAUAUUUGCUACCUCAAAAAGAGUGAACGAGGAACACCAUCAAAGAUAACAACUCUGGAGAAUGUUGUAUCUGGAUUUCCUUUAGGGGAAUGUGCAUUCAGUAAGUCAGUUUCAGAAUGUAGAAGAGAUCUUUCCGAAGACAUAGAUUUCCCUGGAAAUGAUAUCACCUGGGUCCUUGCACCUGAUGUAAAUGUCUGUCAACAACUGUGCACUGAUCAUCCCCAAUGCUUAUUCUUCACGUUUGUGAAGAGAGAAUGGAGCACAGACCACAGAAGAUUUUACUGUUACCUAAAGCAAACUGCAACUGGAGCAGUAUCAAGGACAACAAAGUUACAAAACGUUGUAAGUGGAUUUUCCCUCAAACAGUGCAAGAAUCUGAUCAGUCUUUGUUAUGAAAAAUUUUUUGAUGGCAUCGACUUUCCGGGGAAUGAUCUUCGUCAUUCUGUAGUCGAGGAUGAACACAGUUGCCAGCGUAAAUGUACCGAGGAGCCUCACUGUCAGUUUUUCACCUUUGUGAAAAAGGAAUUUCACGAUGAAGUACAGCGCUGCACAUGUUACCUCAGAAACAAUGAAAAAGGAACUCCAUCAAGAAUAACAGUUCUAUCGAAUGUUAUGUCAGGAUUUCCUUCAAGGAAUUGUGAGUUCAAUAACACAGGAUGUGUACAUGAGUUGGCUGUAAACACUGAUUUUCCCGGAAAUGAUAUUGAGUCAGUUCUUGUCCCAGAUGUAAAGUAUUGUCAAAAAUUGUGUACCGACCAUAAAAAUUGUCAGUUUUUCACGUAUUUGACAAGUGAUUGGAACACUGACAAACGAAGAUUUUAUUGUUAUCUUAAAAAGAACCUGGAAGGGGAACCAACCCUUAAAACAGACUUACAGAAUGUUGUCUCGGGCUAUUCUCUGAAACAGUGCAGGACAUAUAACUCUUGUUUUAAAGACCUGUUUGUUGGCCUGGACUUCCCAGGAGAUGACUUCCGUCAGUUUGUAGUAGCCGAUGAACACAGCUGCCAAAGAGAAUGUACAGAGGAGCCUGACUGUCAGUACUUCACCUUUGCAAAUGGGUUAUAUCGCAACGCUCGGCAGCGUUACAUUUGCUACCUCAAAAAGAGUGAACGAGGAACACCAUCAAAGAUAACAACUCUUGAGAAUGUUGUAUCUGGAUUUCCAUUCAGAGAAUGCAGGUUCAAUAAGACAGUUUCAGAAUGUAGAACAGCUCUUUCUGAAGACAUAGAUUUUCCUGGAAAUGAUAUCACCUGGGUCCUUGCACCUGAUGUAAAUGUCUGUCAACAACUGUGCACUGAUCAUCCCCAAUGCUUAUUCUUCACAUUUGUGAAGAGAGAAUGGAGCACAGACCACAGAAGAUUUUACUGUUAUCUAAAGCAAACUGCAACUGGAACAGUCUCAAGGACAACAAAGCUACUUAACGUUGUAAGUGGGUUUUCCCACAAACAGUGCAGGAAUCUGAAGAGUUCUUGUUAUGUUAAAAUAUUUGAUGGUCUGGACUUUCCGGGGAAUGACUUCCAUCAGUCUGUAGUCGAGGAUGAACACAGUUGCCGGCGUAAAUGUACCGAGGAGCCUCACUGUCAGUUUUUCACCUUUGUGAAAAAGGAAUUUCACAAUGAAGUACAGCGUUACAUUUGUUACCUCAAAAACAAUGAAAAAGGAACUCCAUCAAGAAUAACAGUUCUUACGGAUGUUAUGUCAGGAUUCUCUUUGAGGAGAUGUGAGUUCAAUAACACAGGAUGUGUCCAUGAACUGGCUGCGAACGUUGAUUUUCCUGGAAAUGAUAUUGAGUCAGUUCUUGCCCCAGAUGUUAACUACUGCCAAAAAUUGUGUACUGAGCAUAAAAAUUGUCAGUUUUUUACCUACUUGACAAGCGAUUGGAACAUGGACCAACGAAGAUUUUAUUGCUAUCUUAAAAGGAACGAGAAAGGGGACCCAACACUUAAAACACAGUUACAGAAUGUUAUCUCAGGGUAUUCUUUGAAACUGUGCAACAUGCAUAACUCUUGUUUUAAAGACCUGUCUGUUGGCCUGGAUUUCCCAGGAGAUGACUUCCGUCAAUUUGUAGUAGCCGAUGAACACAGCUGCCAAAGAGAAUGUACAGAGGAGCCUGACUGUCAGUACUUCACCUUUGCAAAUGGGUUCUAUCGCAACGCUCGGCAGCGUUAUAUUUGCUACCUCAAAAAGAGCAAGCAAGGAACACCAUCAAGGAUAACAACUCUUGAGAAUGUUGUAUCUGGAUUUCCAUUAAGAGAAUGUGGAUUCAAUACUUUAGUUUCAGAAUGUAGAGGUGAUCUUUAUGAAGACGUAGAUUUCCCUGGAAAUGAUAUCACCUGGGUCCUUGCACCUGACGUGAGCUUCUGUCAAAAAGUAUGCACUUAUCACCCACUUUGUUUGUUCUUCACAUUUCUGAAGAGAGAAUGGAGCACUGACCAUAGGAGAUUUUAUUGUUAUUUAAAGGAGACUGCAUCUGGAAUACCAUCAAGGAUAACACCGUUACAAAACGUUGUUAGUGGGUAUUCCCUCAAAUGGUGCCAAAACCUGAUGAGUUCCUGUGAAUCUGAUGUUUAUUAUGACAGAUCAUUUGAAGGGAAAGUACUGCAAGUUAAACAUGUUGAGAGUUAUGGCCGCUGUCAGGAAAGUUGCACAGACCACAGACGUUGCCAAUUUUUUACCCUUGAAGAAACCCACGAUCAGAAAAUGCACAGUUGCUACUUACAAAGAUCUAAUAAUGGAAUACCAUCCAGAAUAGAUGAAUCUGUUGGAGCAAUCUCUGGCUUUUCUUUGAGGUUAUGUGCUUCGAACAGAACUUGUGGGCAAGUCAAUGGACCUGGACCUGAACCCCAUGCUUAUGGUGGACGUGUUUCUCUUCCUGGGGAAUGGCCAUGGCAAAUAUCUCUCCACCUUAAACAAAAGGGUAAAUUUAGACAUUCAUGUGGGGGAUCCAUUAUAUCUGAUCAUUGGAUUAUCACAGCUGCACACUGCUUUGAAAGAGCUGAGAAAAACAAAAAGUGGAGAAUAUAUGCUGGUAUAACAACUUUGUCUGAUAUUACAAAUGAAACCACUUUCUACGAAAUUGAAAAGAUAAUUAUCCACGAAAAUUUCAACAGUGACACAGAAGAUUGCGACAUUGCUCUCCUUAAACUCAAACAAGCCAUUGUCUUUAAUGAUCAUCAAAUGCCAAUAUGCCUUCCAGCUUUAGAAAAGCAAGUGCCCUCCGGAAGCCAGUGCUGGGUAACAGGUUGGGGAGAAACAAAGGCAGGUAAAACAUCUCAAAUUCUUCUGAAUGCAAAUGUUCCUGUAAUAGACAAUGAGAGAUGCCAAACAUAUUAUUCAGGAAGCAUUAUAACGGAAAACAUGGUGUGUGCUGGCAAAGGAGAUGAAAAAGUUGAUACAUGCAAGAGAGAUAUAGGAGGUCCUUUAGCAUGCAAACAUAAUGGAAAAUGGUACUUGGUUGGAAUUACAAGCUGGGGCCAUGGAUGUGGUGAGGAAGGAAGACCUGGAGUGUAUACCCGUUUAUCAAAAUUGCGUGGUUGGGUGUACAAAAAAGUUUCAGAACAUCAUCGAUAGAAGGCUGAAAAUCCCAGCUGGAAAUCACCUGGAAAUCUUGGGGAGAAACAAUUUCCAUUGGAGGAGUUGUGUAUCAUAAAACAUGCUUUGUUUGUUGUAUGCAAGGACAAAAAGACUUCCAAAAUAUAUUGAUGAUCUGUUUUGUUAUUCUGGAAAUGAUUGAAAGCUUUGAAAUAUAGCUUUUAAAAAUUUUUCUGUAAUGGUGAAGGGUGCCUUAUAAAAAGUAGAUUCAUUUAUUGCCUUUGAAGAAAAAAAACCUUCAUAAUAUGAUGAUCUCAAAAAGUCUGAAAGCAUUGACCAGUAGAUUUAUUAUUUUUAAUUGUCUGUAAUGGCUAAGAUAUUAAAAAGCAAAUGAGUGAAAUUGCUAAUCCAGUCAUAUAGUGUUUCCUUACUGGAUGAUCCAAAAUUUUGGAUUAAAAGUUAUACUUUACAAAGCACUGAAUUUUUUUAUUGGAAAUUUAUAUUUGAAGUAACAUUAUUCCUAAGUUCAGACAAUCAAAAGAUAAAUACUAAUGAUGAAAGUAACUUGUCCCACUUCAGCACAUCCACCAGAAGAAAAGGCUAUCCUCUUACAGAUGCCAAAAGAAAGAUGCUUACAAAGAUCACAGACAGCAACAUUUCUGUACAUUAAUUCCUUGCUCAAUACUACCCUGGAGAGGGAGUGCAGAUUCAUUAUGAAGUUCUUGUCCCUGGUGUCUGAACACUGACCAGAAUGCAUAUCACUGACCACUGUACUUCAGAAGUGAUUUGUGCUCGGUCUGAGGAUUGCAAACUGCACUGCCAGACCUGCUAUGAACCCUUGUCCUAUGUGCUGCAUUCUUCUUCGGCAAAGAAUCACCUGUGGCUUAGUGUUGUGUUUUUGGGCAAGCCAGGCUGAGCAGUACGGUUGCUCCGUGCUCUGGGCUGCACUCUGGCCAGCAUGGUGAGUAUGGCCAUUACUGAGGAUGAACGGUGGCGAGCAAUGUUGAUCCUACAGUCGCCCACAUCAUUUCCCGUUCGAUGUGAAUGAGGUUGCUGUCUCCUCUUCUCUGCAGAGCCCGACGUUCCUGUCUGGUGACAUGUUCAUUGGUGAUAGAGGUGCUGCAGCAGACUAGAUCCUGUUUUCUUAUAGUGAAAUUCCCCAUGAACUUGACCUGUUCAGCUACUGAUGGGGACUGCAGGCCUGAUGGAACCUGGAUCAAAUUUUGACAGACUUCAAUUUGAAGUGGACUUAAUUUUCAAUAUAGUGGAUCUACCUAGAAUUCAGUUAUUGUCUUGUGAUGCUUGUCAGUAUUUCACUAACAACAUGAAGGAACCAUUAUUAGUUAAUAAUAAUUAGUCCCAAUAUUAUGCAAUUUCUUAAAUGUUACUUCAUCACAAAGGAAGAAGGAAGUUCAUUCCAUUAUAUGGGGCAUUCAAAUGAUUAGAUAACAAUCUAAUGUCUGCUAACUUUUUUUGUAGGUGCUAGGAUUCUAUCAAUCUCAGUCUUGAAUGGAUGUAGAGUAAGCAAUCAUAGUACACUUGGUAGAUAAUCCCAAAGAUUCACAACACUCUCUGUAGAGAACAUUCUUUGCAUCUCAUUUUUAAAUUGCGGCUAUUAUAUUAAGAGCAUUGCUUCUAACUUUGUAUUCUCUAACUAGAAGCUCCUUCAAUUCCUUGAAUAAUCAAUGAAAUGCUUUCUCAUUUGGCUAAAUAUAAGAGAGCAUUGAGGUUUCUCAAUUACUACACUCCAAUGUCAGAAAUCAUUGUUAAAGCUCUCUAAAGCAAAUAUAUUUUAAUUCAGGCAAAGAGACCAGAAUUAAAAAGAGACCAUGCUUCAAAUGUGACUUAUGAAAACCAUGAAAAACCUUAGGGGACCUCUCCUUCUUUAAUCUAAUCUCCCACCAAAAGCUUAUACAAUUCAUCAUCCCAAUCGUUUGGCUGUAAUUUGUGUUCAAGAUAAAAUAAUUUCCCAUAUCAAAAAAUCACUGAUUUCACACAAAAAUAUUUUGCUGUGCUUUCCAUCAAAAAAUAUCAGCCAUAGACAAUUAUAUUCCUUUUUAGGAUUGGAUAUUUCCACAAAACAGGAAGGUAAAGAUUAAACUCAAUGUGUAAAUAAUGUUAUCAUAACUCAACUGGCUCAUUGAAAAAAGGCGUGUAAGAAAAGUAAUAUUUCCUUUAAUGUCAGCGUAAAAGGAAAUAAUGAAGAAACUACAAAUUAUAUUACAAAGCCAGAAAAAGGAAGUUUGGAAGAAUUUUAAGAAAGAUCUGGAGAUAAUGAAGAAAAAGAUAAUUUUAGGAAUAUUCUGAAAGUAAAAAAUGAUUAGUAAGAGGAUGAUAAAAUUGUAGAAUGUGGAAAUGAGGGCUGACAUGAAACAUGCACCUUCUGGCCGCAGAUGGUCUGCAUCCUGCACUGUAGAUGUAAGCCAGAGAGGGAUGUGGAGAUUAGUGAGGACUAGUCUAAACAUGUAUGUGAUGGUGGGGAUAGACUCAGUGGGAUGAAGAGCCGCUUUCCAUGCCCCUAUGAUGCUCAGUUCACAGUGAGCCCGUAGUGAAACCUUUACAAGACUAAUACCUCCUUCAUGGCAAAGAAUUUUCAAAUAUUUAUUCCCAGGGCAUGCCCUUUUCUCGCUGUUACCAUCAGGUAGGAGAUACAGAAGCCUGAAUGCACACACUCAGCAAUUCAGCAACAUCUUCUUCCCCUCUGUCAUCUGAUUCCUGAAUGGACUUUGAAACUUUGGACACUACCUCAUUUUAUUUUAAUAUACAGUAUUUCUGUUUUUGCACAUUUUAAAAAUAAUCUAUUCAAUACAUGUAAUUGAUUUACUUGUUUAUUUAUUAUUAUGUUUUAUUUUAUUUAUUCUUUUCU